AUGAUCGGCGGCCCGGGGCUGACCCCUGCUGUACCUUCAAUUGGUGCCUCUGCGCCUUCUGCUCUGGCAUCUCCAGCUCCCAGUGGUCUGGCUCCAUCGCCAGCUCCUCAAUUGGGUGAUAUCUUUGCUGGAGGCAUGCCAAAGCUCAAAUCUGUCAAGGACAACAGAUCGGGAAAGGUGCCUGCGAGCGCCCCCAAGGUGCCUCUGUUCAACGAGCCUAAGGUUCCUUCUUCGGGGCCGCCUCCUGUGCCUGGAGCUGCUGCUCCUUCAGCUCCAAAAGUACCUUCUUCAAGGCCUUCUAAGUCUGCUGGCCCUCCAACUCAGCUGGCUCCUCCACCUCCACCGCUCCCAAGUUCACCUCCACCGGUUCCUUCAGGUGCUCCCCCGGUGCCAACUUCUAGCUCAUUGAGUGUGCCCAAAGUACCACCUUCAAGACCUAAGAAGCUGGGCCACUUGAAGACAAGCUCUGUCAGUUCCGUCAGCUCUAUGGAGUCAGCCAGUCUGGCCAGAACGGCUCCUCCUCCGCCCCCUUCAGAGGCACCAGCUCCACCUCCAGUGCCUCUGUCACAUCCGCAAAAGGCUCCUCCAGUGCCCCUGUCACAUCCCCAAAAGGCUCCUCCGGUGCCCUCGGCUCCACCCCCACUACCUACAUCGCCACCUCCAGUACCUACCGGCGUUCCUAAAGCGCCACCGGCUCCAAAAGUUCAGCUGAACCUGCCAGCUCCAAUGCCUCCCGGCGGUCUUCCCUUUUUGGGAGAGAUCAACGCAAAGAGAGACGAUAAGCAUGUGGUAGACAAAGUGGAAGACGUUUCUAGGAGUCUGAGGCCGGAUCCUCCAAGAGUAUCGGCUCCUCCGCCUUCAACGCUGGCUCCGCCCCCACCCCCAGUUCCUAGCUCGGCUCCCCUCUACCUUCAACUCUGGCUCCACCCCCACCGCUGCUGUCGUUCGCUUAACAAAAAAUCCUCGUCAUCCUCAGCCUCCAAAGCUCCUCCUUUGCCUGGUGGACUGCUUCCCUUCUUGGAUCAAAUCAAUGCAAAACGAGAUGAGUCCAAUGUCGUUGAUAGCACCUCAUCUUACUCAAAGGACCACAAGGAAAGCAGCCUGUCGUCAUCAAAGCCUCCUGUUCCAUCAAGCGCUCCACCCAUUCCAAAGAACGUACCACCAGUGCCUACACCAUCAGCGCCCAAACCACCAAGUUCAGUACCAAAGCCUCCAACCGCUUCUGCACCACCAUCGACGCCUCCGGCGCCACCUCCAGCAGGGUUGCCGUUCUUGGAUCAGAUCAAUGCUCGCAAUAAAGAAUCUCAGGCAAAGCAGAAGCCACCUUCGACAAGUGCUGCUCCACCCAUUCCGCAAGCUUCAGCGCCAACGCCUCCAGCACCUCCACAAAUUCCCACUCAGGCUCCACCGCCACCGAAAAUCCCAAGCCAGGCUCCUCCUCCACCCAAGAUUCCAUCUCAAGCUCCACCUCCACCUAAGAGCUCGAUUGAGGCUCCAUCUCCACUGCAGAUUCCAACUCAGGCGCCUCCUCCCCCUCGGGCACCACUGCCUCCACUGGCGCCUCCUCUGAUUCCUCCACUGGCACCUCCACAGAUUCCUUCUCAGGCACCUCCACAGAUCCCUUCUCAGGCGCCUCCAUCGCUACCGAGAGAAAGCGGGUCAUCCUUCAGCUCUAAGCCGAAAAAGGCAGCUCCCCCACCACCUCCAAGCGUAAUGGAGCAGCAGCAAUCCACGGGACAUGAACUCAGAAAAAUCUCUGCUCUGGAUUACACUAUCAACACACACCAUCGCAACGGCCUGAGUGGGAACCAGAGACUUGUGAUUGAGGACACUAGAUUUAAGUUCAUCAAUAGCGAUGCAUUGCCAAACCCAAGAAGAUUUGAAAACAAAGAAAAGCUCUACCCAAGUGGAAGAGGCUCAUCCGUGCCGCUUGAUCUACUGCUUUUCUGA